GAGCGGAGCGGAGGAGCUCCAGGAUGAAAUUCCUCUCUGCUUAUUACUUGCUGCCUCUCUUUCCUGCGCUGGUCUUCAGCUCUAGACAGGGCUAUGAAGAACUGGAAAAACAGCUGAAAGAAGUGUUUAAGGAACGGAGCAAUAUCCUUCGUCAACUGUCGAAGACAUCUAAAGAACUUGAGGGAAUUAAAGUAAACCUCCAGUCUUUGAAAAAUGAUGAAGCAUCAGCCAAAAAUGAUGUGCAGAAACUUCUGGAACUGGGCCAAAAGCAAAGGGAAGAAAUGAAGGCUCUCCAGGAGACCUUUCAAAAGCAACUUAAUGAGGCAGCUGAGAAAGCAGAAAAGCAGCAGGCUACUAUAAACUUUUUGAAGACUGAAAUGGAAAGGAAGAGCAAAAUGAUCCGUGACCUCCAAAAUGAGAACAAAAGCCUCAAAACCAAGCUAUUGUCAGGAAAUAAGCUUUGUGGUAUUCACGCCGAAGAGUCCAAAAAAAUCCAAGCCCAGCUGAAAGAGCUUCGUUAUGGGAAAAAGGAUUUGAUUUUUAAGGCACAACAACUAACAGAUCUGGAGCAAAAACUAGCAGUUGCAAAAGAUGAAUUGGAAAAGGCAGCCCUUGACAAAGAGUCACAGCUGAAGGCUCUGAAGGAGACCGUGCAGCUUUGCCUCUCCUCCGUUCUGCACAAUCAGCCUCCCGCCACGAACCUAAUCCCUUCAAAACCAGCUGAGAAGCUGACAUCCCCAGUUACAAAGGGCUCAAAAGUUGCAUUUCAAGUGACAAGCACCAAGCGAAAUGCCUCAGCAGAGAAAGAGAAUCUUCAUGUGGCCUCAAGAAAGGAAGAAAAUCAGAGCAUCCAGGAGUGCGAUUCUCAAGAUGUUGGCAAGACGUGUUUGGGGAAUCGCAAUAAUUCAACAUCUCGUUUGAAGACAGCAGAAACAGAGACAAGCUUUCAGCAGAAGUUGCACAGCCCUCCAUGGACUAAAGCUGAAGAUAAAAAAUUGCCUGAAAGAAAGGAGAAGAAAUUUGAAGAGUCUGUUAGUACAAAAGAAAAAAAACUCUGAGUGCUACUAAUCAACGUUGGAAAAGCCGAUCACUUGCUUCCGUCUUC